GGUCACAGUUUCGAACGCAGCAGCCAAAAGGCAGCACGGAGUAGCCACGUAGCACCGGAAUACCCCAUAAAGACACUGAUAAAGUCAAGCGACCGGCAACCAGUUCAAGGAGCCAUAAGGAUAAUGCGUAGCUGGCUUUUAUUUGGAUUAUAUGCGCUGCUAAUCGCCGCAACAGUUGGCCAACCGCUGCAGCAAAAUGAGCAGGACUCCACCAAUAGAGAAAAUGUUGAAGAGGAGCGGGGAGAGCGAGUGACCCGCCAAAUUGGCUAUCCGUUUUUGGGUGGCUAUGGAGGAUACGGAGGAUAUGGUGGAUACGGAGGUUAUGGUAGCUAUGGAGGCUACGGAGGUUACGGGGGCUAUGGCGCUGGCAUACGCUCCCCUUAUUAUCCUUACGGCAAUCUCUACGGCUCCGGCGGCUUGGGACUGACGGGCAGCGGAUAUUAUGGUCGUCCUUACGGUUAUGGCUAUGGCUAUAAUAUUGGAUAUCCGCUCAUUGGCGGCUUUGGUGCCACCGCCGGCGGCUUCUAUGGUGGUGCAGGAUUGUAACUAUUUGUUUAAGUGGCUUUUAAAAAUAAAAA